GGAUUCUGAAGCUCCUCUGGAGAGCUCUCUCGUCUCAUUACCGCCUGUUGCAGGCUGUAGAGAACCGCUAAGGAGAGAGGGGUUCCACGGAGCAGAGAAAAGACCCCUGGCUUGAACCUCCUCUGCCUUCCCAUCGAGGUCUCUCUGCAAGCAUACAGAUCCAGCCAACCAGGGGAUGUUACCUCCAGGCUGAGUGUUAGGAAGAGAACAAGAAGUACACGGAAAGAGUGACUGGAAGCCAAAAGGGAAUGACAGCUCAGAGGCAGGAGGACUAUGAAGCUGACAUUCAGAGGAAAAUUGAUAUUGAAGGAUACGAUGAGUCCGCAGUGAAACACUCCAACAUGUCGCUUGCAACCGAAAGUGAUCACCAAGUCAGCGCUUGCCAGCGUCUCUGUAUGGUGUUUGUCUCUUUCUGUCGUUCCUCCUGGCCUGGCCACCGCCGGAGAGCAUAUCACCUGAGUAGGAGAAGGAGGAUGGAAAGGGUAUCCCCCUCAGGGAAGGCAGGACACUUUCAGAGCUGUGAGGACAAUGGACCAAGUGGCUCCUCACCUGAGGAGGCAUUAGGAAGUAGGGAGGCUGCCCCACCACCCACCUAUCGCAGAAACGCACAUGAGGCAUUUGUAGAACUUCAUGAACUGGUCAUGGACAGGAACAACGAGCUUCGCUGGAUGGAGGCUUCUCACUGGAUCAACCUGGAAGAGGAUUUUGAGGAGAUGGGGCACUGGGGAAGACCACACAUGUCCUAUUUGAAUUUCCAGAGCCUCCUGGAGGUGCGCAGGGCUUUCAGCAAAGGAACUGUUCUUCUAGACCUGCAAGAGAAGAGUCUAGCUGGGAUUGCCAAUCAGAUGCUUGAUGAAAUGAUCCAUGAAGGGAAGAUCAAGCCGGAUGACCGAGAGUUAGUCUUAAGGACUCUCCUACUUCAGCACAGUCACCCUGAUGAGUCUGCUUCAGUGGGGACUCUUCUGCCUGGGCGGCUGGACAGAACUGAUGCCCAGGACUCAGGACAGCCACUUCUGCAUGAACAUCAACAGAUUGAGAUGAAGACCUUCCCUGGUGACUCAGAGCAGGAAGGCUCAAGCGGCGGUAUUAAGAAGCCACUGGCAGAUAAGAUCCCAUCUGAUGCAGAAGCGACACUGGUCCUGGUUGGCCGUGCCACCAUCGUGGACCAUCCCACUCUAGCCUUUGUGCGCUUGAAGGAUGCUGUAGAACUGGACCACGUUCUGGGGGUUCCUGUGCCUGUCCGGUUCCUUUUUGUGGUUCUGGGCCCAGAUUCCCCUCAUGCCAACUACUACCAUGGGAUUGGGAGAGCCAUCUCAACAAUGAUGUCCGAAAGGGUGUUCCGCCUUGACUCCUACAUGGCAGGAAGUAGGCAAGACUUGGUGAAGAGCCUGGAUUCAUACCUGGACUGUUGCAUCGUCGUCCCGCCCUCUCAUAUCCAAAGUGAAACGCUCCUUAAGUCAUUGUUCCCAGUACAGAAGGAGCUCCUGCGAAAAAGGUACCGGCCGGAGGAGAGGACGGAGCUCACCAAACAGCUUGAGCAACAAUUGCAGGCCCAAGAUUUCAAGACCCCAGGAAAGGAUGAUGAUGACGACCCCUUGAGCAGGACUGGCAGGCCUUUCGGAGGGCUGGUGAGGGACAUAAAACGCCGGUACCCCAAGUACCUCAGUGACAUCACGGACGCUCUCAAUGCUCAGUCUCUGGCUGCCGUCAUCUUUAUCUACUUCGCUGCCCUUUCUCCUGCCAUUACCUUUGGAGGCCUUCUGGGUGAGAAGACUAACAAGCAGAUGGGAGUAUCUGAGCUUCUGAUCUCCACGGCAGUCCAGGGCGUCAUCUUCUGCUUGCUUGGAGCUCAACCUUUGCUUGUGGUUGGCUUUUCUGGCCCCCUUCUGGUCUUUGAAGAAGCCUUCUAUGGGUUUUGUGAGACUUUAGCAAUCGAGUACCAUCCAGGGAGAGUCUGGAUCGGCUUGUGGCUUAUAAUAUUGGUAUUGUUGGUGGUGGCUUUUGAGGGCAGCUUCCUGGUACGUUACAUCUCCCGCUACACCCAGGAGAUCUUCUCCUUCCUCAUCUCCCUCAUCUUCAUCUACGAGACUUUCUUCAAACUCUACAAGAUUUUUGAAAAAUUCCCUCUGCGGACAAACUAUAACACCACCAUUCUAAAUGGGGAUCCGGAUUACCCUGUACCCAACACAGCCCUGCUUGCCCUCAUCCUCAUGGCAGGAACGUUUUUCAUCGCCUUUUUCUUGCGCCAAUUCAAGAACAGCAGUUUUUUUCCCGGCAAGAUCCGCCGUGUGAUUGGUGACUUUGGUGUCCCUAUUGCCAUCUUCCUCAUGGCAUUGGUAGACUACUUUAUUGAAACCACCUAUAGUCAGAAACUGAAAGUCCCCAAAGGCCUUGAUACCACCCAUCCAUCAAGGAGCUGGUUUGUUCAUCCACUUGGAGAACAUGGGAUGUUUCCCUGGUGGAUGGCGCUCGCUUCCAUUGUGCCAGCCCUCUUGGUCUUCAUCCUCAUCUUCUUGGAGUCACAGAUCACCACGCUGAUUGUGAGCAAACCUGAAAGGAAGCUGGUGAAGGGUUCAGGUUUCCAUCUAGAUCUGCUUCUAAUUGUUGGCAUGGGGGGUAUCGCACCCCUUUUCGGCGCACCUUGGCUCAGUGCCACCACAGUGAGGACUGUCACACAUGCUAAUGCCCUGACGGUGAUGUCCAAGACUACAGUCCCAGGGGAGAAGGCCUACGUCCAGGAAGUCAAGGAGCAAAGGAUCACUGGUUUGCUGGUGGCCAUUCUUGUAGGCCUUUCCAUCUUCAUGGAGCCCAUCCUGAAGCUCAUUCCACUUUCCGUGCUCUUCGGCAUCUUCCUGUACAUGGGGGUGACAUCCCUAAAUGGGAUCCAGCUUUACGACCGAAUCCUUCUCAUGCUGAAGCCGCCCAAAUACUACCCGGAUGUGCCUUACGUUAGAAAAGUAAAGCCUUUGCGGAUGCACCUCUUCACCUUCACCCAGAUUUUGUGCCUGGUCUUGCUGUGGGUAGUGAAAUCCACCCCAGCCUCCCUCGCCUUGCCUUUCCUCCUCAUCCUGACAGUGCCUGUGAGACGCUUCCUGCUGCCAUUUUUCUUCAGCAAUGUUGAACUCAAGUAUUUGGAUGCCGAUGAUGCUGAAGUGGAUUUUGAUGAGACAGAAGGCCGGGAUGUUUAUGAUGAAGUCCAGAUGCCUCUUUGAGCACACAGUGUGCUGCAUCCUUAUGACAGAUAAGGAAUCGAGAGCCCUUCCCCCAAAACACCAGGCAA